UGAUUAGAGACAGAAACGGUGUCGUCUGCUGAAGUUUAGCUCCAUCAAAGUUGUCCUUGAGUCAGAGCUGUUGAAGUUUAUCAGCUGGCCCCUAACAGUCAGAUGAAUGAUCGGUAGAAGCCGCUAAAAUCGCACAAGUUCCGGUUUCAUGUGAUUAACGAUGCUCCGUGUCUCUGUCAGCCGUUUUACUGAGCCAUGAGCUCCAUGAAGAGAGUCCAGUGAUUCCACUAGAUGGAUCCUUCCAGCGUGAUCUCCAGGAUCCAGACCUGCACACACACUCAGACUGCGGGGAUUUAUCUGCCUUGUAGUAGGAUCGCAUCGCUCACCCCGACUGGUGAGAGAGCAGGAGUGUGUGUGUGUGUGUGUGUGUGUGUGGUUUGAAGGCGUGACCUCAUCAUUAAGAGAAGUAAGAAGUUCCUGGUUUGAAGUGAAGAAGAAGAGAAGCAGCAUUAAACCAUCAGAGCUCUGAGAUGAAACACACUUUGGUCUGCUUCAUCUUCCUCACAGCACUUCAGGAUGGAAACACUGGUUUGGUCAAAGCACAAACUCCUCGUACAGAAAAGGAAGGAGGAAACAUCACAGUUAAAUGCAACUUUUAUUUCUCUGGAAGCAGGAAACUGUUCUGUAAGGAAAAAUGUGAAAAUGGAAACAUUCUUGUUGAAACAUCUGAUGAUGCAGCUCAGAACGGCAGAUACAGCAUUAAAUAUGUAAAAACAUAUAUUACCUCAUAUCCUACUCUGUAUGUGAGCAUCACACAGCUGAAACAGUCUGACUCAGGACGGUACAGGUGCUCUUUGGACAUUGCUUUGAGGCCUGAUCCAAACCAUGAUUUCGAGCUGAUUGUCACAGCAGCUUCAACCACUUCAACACCAAACGGGACUCUGAGACCUUUUUCAGCUUCAGUGUUUCUCUCAUCAGCCUCCAAACCACCAACAACACAGAGUUUAAGCUCAGCUUCAGGAAGCUCCACACCUUCAUCAGCCUCCUCUGGAAGUUCAGCUCUUGCAGAUGUGCUGCUUUAUGUGCGGCUGGUUCUGGUCGUUGUCAUCAGCAUCUUUUUAGCAUCUUUGCUGAUGAAGAGGAGAGCCAUUAAACCCAGAGGACCUCCUGUGGAAUCUGAGCGUGCUGACAUCACACAGGACAACCAGUUGUGUGAAGAGAUCAGAGAGGACGACAGACAGAGCAGCUCACCUCCUGCAGGAGUGUCUUCAGUGUACGCUACACCAAAAGCCUCCAACCAGAUGGAGAUGAAAACACAGACCUCUGCAGCCUCUCCACCUCUCCUCACGACAAAACUAACGAUGACAUGAAUGGAGAUGAUUACACUGAAGUGGAUUUCCCAUAUUCCCACCACCAACAGCGCCCCCCAGUGGGGAUGCAGCUGGUGUCGUCUCCUCCAGACUUCAGGCACAUGCCAGCCCUGCCAACCACACCACAGAUCUCCUCUGCUGCUGAAAAACAUCAGCAGUGAUGCUGUUGAUGGAACCUCAGCGACUAACAGAUGAACACAGUUCAUAAAACAGUUUAUGACAUUUAUCACCUACAGACAAACAAUUAGCCUCAGUUUAAAGCUUUUUUAUUGCAGCUACUUAUAAUUUAGUUUAACAUAUAAUUGAUUCUGUUUUUCAUUUUCUCAAACUGGAAUAUUUCCCAGUUUGAAAAACUAUUCUUGCUAUUGUGAUUCUGGAGAACAGAUUCAGUGAAAGAGCUGCACAAAAUGAUGCAUAUAGGAGGGAGUAUGGAGAGUUAUUAGAUCAGCCAGCAGGUAGGCUGUUCUUGGAGGGAGGUCCUUAAAUGCUGUCAUCAAAAAGGCUCCAGGUGGCUGACUUUGCAUGUGCUCAACUAUUUAUGAUGAUGUGUAUUUAAACUAAACCACUGGACCUCAGCUACACUGCUGUGUCACCUGUCUGUGUUGUCAAAUCAGACACAAGGAAUUUAACAUGGAAAUAAUUUCUAAUGUAAAAACAAUAAAGUGAAGAUAAACACUUGGUAAAUGUUUCCCUUCACAGCUCAAGUGUCAGAAGAGACUGGAUGAAGGUCUGAAUGUCAAAAGAUUAAAGUUAUGAUCAGAAUAAAUUUAAAAGAAGUCUGAAACAUUUUACUUGCCCCAAAAAAUAAACUGAUAAAUAUUUGAUACAAUAAAGUAAAUAUAAUGUGAAUGAGAGCUGGGAUAGGCCUGUGGUCAUGAUUGUUUAUAAUUAUUCUGGGUUUAUCAGUUUUGCUCUUUUAUUGUGUUGACAAAAGCUUAAUAUUUGCUUAUGAUCAAAUGUUUUUUGUUAAAUAAUAUCUUGAAGCAAUAAAACCUUCCA